AUGGGCAAAAUAUCAAUUUUACCUGCUGCAAUUGCGCUUCUGUUCUUUGCUUCCACAGCUAGGUCCCUAGUUUGUGAUAUCACGAAAUAUGGUGCGGGCGGUGGCACGAGUUCAGAUAUCACCCAGGCUUUGGUUAGCGCAUGGAAAGAGGCCUGCGCGGCAACAGAGGCCAGCAAAGUCCUGGUACCGGCGGGGACAUACGUGUUGCGGGAAGUGGUCUUAGAAGGUCCUUGCAAGAGCUCGAUCGAGGUCCAGGUCGAUGGCACACUCCAGGCCCCUGCAGAUCCUGCACAAAUGAAGACCGAUGGGUGGGUCGCGUUCCGGGGCGUCGACCUGCUCACAUUGUCAGGUAGUGGAACUUUUGACGGUCAAGGGAAAACGGCGUGGACGAAGAAUGACUGCAACCUAAAGACGGAUUGCGUGACCCUUCCUAUAAACAUACGGUUCGACUCUGUCACCAAUGGCAUGGUCAAGGACAUAACUUCCCUCGACAGCAAACAGUUCCACGUGAAUGUUUUGAACUGCAAAAAUCUCACGUUCCAACAUGUUACCAUCACCGCACCCGGAGAUAGUCCCAACACGGAUGGAAUCCACAUUGGUCGCUCGACUGGGAUCAACAUUAUCGACACCGGCAUCAAGACCGGGGAUGAUUGCAUUUCCAUCGGUGAUGGCAGUGAGCAAAUGACCAUCACAGGAGUAACUUGCGGGCCUGGUCAUGGCAUUAGUGUAGGGAGUCUUGGAAAAUACCCAAAUGAACAGCCUGUGACCGGCCUUCAUGUAAAGAACUGCACGAUGACUGGCACGAUGAACGGCCUUAGGAUCAAAACAUGGCCUGCUUCUCCUGCCGGAACCGCAUCGGAUAUGCAUUUCGAGGAUAUUACACUGGACAAUGUUGGAAACCCGGUCAUCAUAGAUCAGCAGUACUGCCCAUGGAAUCAGUGCAAAUCGCAGGCUCCGUCCCAGAUAAAGAUAAGCAACGUCAGCUUCAGCAGAAUCCGGGGAACUUCUUCAACACAAGCCGCAGUUACUCUUGCUUGUAGCAGCCGACUCCCGUGCACGGAGGUGGAGAUCAGCGACAUCGAUAUCGCGUACCAUGGUCCCGAGGGUCCUGCUACAUCCGUAUGUUCCAAUGUCAAGCCCACGAUCUCCGGCAAGCAGAACCCCGCAAUCUGCGCCAGUGCGGCGGCAAGCCCCGUUUCUCAGUAA